AUGAGCGAUAACGAGAAUGACGGAUUCGUAGACUCGGAGUUGCCUGGGCCGAGCAAACCAACAAAAGGUACUCAAAAGGGCAGCAUACCCACAGAAAUUUACCGCAUCGGCGUAAAAGUACCUGUGUUUUGGCCGGAGAAACCUGCACUCGAUUCCCAAUAUGCUGCCGAGGUGGAGGAUAUAAUUGUCUCGCCGCCAGCUACUGACAAGUAUAAAAAGCUUAAAGAUGAGCUCAUCAAAAGACUGUCGGUGUCCCGGCAGAAGAAAGUAAAGCAGCUACUUAGUCAGGAAGAGUUGGGUGAUAGAAAACCUUCCCAGUUUCUCCGCCACCUACGUCAUUUGGCAGGGCCAAAUAUACCCGAUGAGUUCCUGUUAUCUAUCUGGACGUCUCGCCUGCCAAGCAACAUGCAAUUUGUGAUCGCAUCGAAGCCCAAUGACCCAAUUGAAGAGCUCGCCGAGUUGGCUGACCGUGUUCACGACGUAGCAACUCCUCAAGUAGCCGCAGCAUCAGCGCCUGACUCUCAAAUGGCUAUCCUCAUGCGUCAAGUGAGUGAGUUGACUAAGGACAUGAAAGCACUAAAAAGUCAGCUCGAUAGUGACAGGCCUUCGCGAUCAAGAGCUCGUGCUCGCGCGUCUAGCAAGUCCCGCAAUCGCUCCAGCUCACAGAGGUCGCAGUCGAAUUACCGCAAGUUUCCUGAGUGCUGGUUCCAUGCGAAGUUCGGUGAGAAGGCAACAAGAUGCGUGAAACCGUGCGAUUACCAGGCGGGAAACGAGAGGGGCACUCGAUAA